AUGGUAGCAGGUCUACGCGAAAACCGAGUCGGACCACCGGGGAAGAAAGCUAAGAAGGAGGAACGGAGGAACAAGAAAGAAAGCCAAGAAGGAGGAACGGAGGAACAAGAGCGAAGUGAAAAGGAGAGGAGAAAAAGUAGAUUCCUCUAUUUUGCUUGCCAGGAGGCUAGAAUAGCAAAGCUAUCAUGCGAUAAUUGUAGCUUCUCAUGCAAAACUUACCAGUUUGGCUACACAGUAACCAAUACUGCUGCUGCUGCUGUUGCUGAUGAUGCUGAUGAUGCUGAUGAUGCCGAUGCUGAUGAUGCCGAUGCUGAUGAUGCUGAUGAUGAUGCUGAUGAUGAUGCUGAUGGUGAUGAUGAUGUAUUCUUCUAUAAACCACUCAAUCAUUAG